AUGCUGCUCGGAGCGUCCUGGCUGUGCGCGUCCAAGGCGGCCGCCGCUGCUGCGCAGAGCGAGGGCGACGACGACAGGCCGGGUGAGCGGCGGCGGCGGCGGGCGGCGGCCACGGCGGCGGCGGGCGAGGACAUGGACGAGUCGUCGUUGCUGGACCUGCUGGAGUGCUCGGUGUGCCUGGAGCGCCUGGACACCACGGCCAAGGUGCUGCCGUGUCAGCACACUUUCUGCCGCCGCUGUCUGGAGAGCAUCGUGUGCUCGCGCCACGAACUGCGCUGCCCUGAGUGCCGCAUCCUGGUGGGCUGCGGCGUGGACGAGCUGCCCGCCAACAUCCUGCUGGUGCGCCUGCUGGACGGCAUCCGCCAGCGGCCCCGCGCUGGCGCCAGCCCCGGCGGUAGCCCGCCCGCGCGCCCCGGCCCCGGCUCCGGCUCGGGGGCGGCCUCGGCGCUCGUGGGUGGCGGGGGCAGCGCGGCGGGCAGCGCCCCCGGCUCCCCGGUCUUCCUCCCUGCGGCGGCCGGCAGCGCUACCGCCAGCCUGCGCGAGCUGGCGACCAGCAGGAGUGCGCCCGUGGCAAAGCAUCCUUGCCUUCUUCCCUAUGGGAAGGCACUCUACAGUUACGAGGGGAAAGAACCCGGCGACCUCAAGUUCAGCAAGGGCGACAUCAUCAUCCUGCGGCGCAGGGUGGACGAGCACUGGUACCAUGGGGAGCUGCACGGGGCGCACGGCUUCCUGCCCGCCAGCUACAUCCAGUGCGUCCGGCCCUUGCCGCAGACCCCGCCCCAGGGCAAAGCACUUUAUGAUUUCGAGAUGAAGGACAGAGACCAGGACAAGGACUGUCUGACCUUCACCAAGGACGAGAUCCUGACCGUUAUCAGAAGAGUGGAUGACAACUGGGCAGAAGGCAUGCUGGGAGACAAGAUUGGGAUUUUCCCCUUGCUAUAUGUGGAGCUCAACGACUCAGCCAAGCAGCUCAUUGAGAUGGACAAGCCAUGCCCAGCGGCUGCGUCUGGCUGCCACGCCCCCUUGCCCUCUGACCCUGGCGCGGCAUCCAGUGUGCCCCCAGGACCCACAUUAAGCAGCACAGGGGCGGUCAGUGCCUUUCAGCGGCGUGUGGACAGCAAGAAGAAUGCCAAGAAGCGCCACUCCUUCACCGCGCUCAGUGUGACACACAAGUCCUCCCAAGCCACAAGCCACAGGCACUCCAUGGAAAUCAGCGCUCCGGUCUUGAUCAGCUCCAGCGAUCCCCGGGCCGCAGCCAGAAUCGCAGACCUGGCUCAUCUGUCCUGCAGUGCUCCCGCCCAGGACUCCUCUUCCUCGGCCGGACCCGCCCCAGCAACUGAACAGCAAAGCACAGCUCCCAAAGUCCAGCUGCCCCUCAACGUGUACCUGGCGCUCUAUGCUUACAAGCCCCAGAAGAACGAUGAGCUGGAGCUGCGGAAAGGCGAGAUGUACCGGGUCCUAGAGAAGUGUCAGGAUGGCUGGUUCAAGGGGACGUCCCUGAGGACUGGGCUGUCUGGGGUGUUCCCAGGAAACUACGUGACACCCGUCUCCAGGGCUCCUGUAGGAGGGGCUGGGCCACCCCGCAAUAAUGUCGUUGGAGGGUCCCCGCUGGCCAAAGGGAUGGCCACAACCAUCCACCCAGGUGGUGGAAGUCUGAGCAGCCCAGCUACUGCCACAAGGCCGGCCCUUCCCCUCACCAUCCCCCAGGCCCAGCACCAGGCAGCUUCUCCCCCAAUGAGCAGUUGCCUGCGGCACACAGCCCAGCCAGCCACCAGCCAAGCCCGGGGCACUGUCCCCACAGCUGCCCACUCCUCAGCCCAGGCCCAGGACCGACCAACGGCCACCGUGUCGCCCCUGCGCACCCAGAACUCCCCAUCCCGCCUGCCCGCCGCCAGCCUCAGGCCCCACUCGGUGGUGUCCCCGCAGCACGUGCACCAGCCUCCCGUGCAGACGGUCAUCGGGGCCCCGUGCCCCCGACCAGCCAUCCCGCUCACAUCCGCAGCGUCCGCCGUCACACCUCCCAAUGUCAGUGCCGCCAACCUCAAUGGGGAGACCGGAGGGGGGCCUGCCAGUGGCCUGUCAUCGUCCAGCCCCACCAACACCGGAUGCAAACCAGAUGACAAGAAAAAUGAAAAGAAAGAGAAGAAGAGUGGGCUGCUGAAGCUUCUCGCUGGGGCAUCCACCAAGAAGAAAUCUCGCUCCCCACCAUCCAUCUCUCCAACCCACGACCCCCAGGUGGCAGUGGACACCUCACUCCAGGGUGCAGUGGGGCCCGAAGUGUCCUCGCUGUCCAUCCACGGCAGGGCAGGGUCCUGCCCCAUAGAGAGCGAGAUGCAAGGUGCCGUGGGCAUGGAACCACUGCACAGAAAGGCGGGCUCCUUGGAUCUGAACUUCUCCUCUUCCCCCUCCAGGCAAGCACCUCUCUCCAUGGCUGCCAUUCGUCCUGAGCCCAAGCCUUUGUCCAGGGAGAGGUACCGCGUGGUGGUCUCGUAUCCUCCCCAGAGUGAGGCGGAGAUUGAGCUGAAGGAAGGCGACAUUGUCUUUGUGCACAAGAAGCGGGAGGACGGCUGGUACAAGGGGACCCUGCAGAGGAAUGGCCGCACCGGUCUCUUCCCGGGCAGCUUUGUGGAGAGCUUCUGA